ACCACCUGACAUGUCUCGCUAAACGUCAGAGUGAGAUAUCGAUGUCACCCGCGCGGUGGGCGUCGAGGUGUCGUCGGAGAGGGGCGCGCAAUCUAAACCCGAUAACGAGCCAGCUGGCGGCGGCAGUGCCGUCGUUUACGUGGAGGUACGACCUUCGCGAGAACCCGCUCUCGGCCUGGUGAACCCGUGCCGGACCGCUCGUCCGGAGGAAGGCCGCAGCCAGGUUCCCGCGGAAUAAAUCGCGCGGCACGAACCGAUAUAGCUCGCGGGCACGGACAACUGAAAUUCUCCCGCGGAUCCCCGAGGAGCGAAUCGAGAGAGGGAGGAAAGGAAGAGAGCAAAACAAACAUGCCGUGACCUCCCUCAGAUGUGACAAUGUGUACAACCCGACCAAGUCGACGGUGUUCAUAGCGCGUGCGACUUUCGAUCGCAUGCGACCAAAGCCGUAGACGCUUCGUCGUCAUCGUCGUCGUCGCCUUGACCGCGUGUGUAAUAAUCGUGUUGUGCAGUGGUAUCGCCUGACCUAGCUUCUACCACAUUCAAGUGCUCAGACCGAUCGCGAUGACUACGAGGGAGCUCUACGUUAAGGGUGGCCGAGUAUGGGUGCCGCAUCCGGAGAAAGUGUGGGAGGGUGCCGUGCUCCUGGAGAACUACAAACAGAAACAGUCAACGCUGAAAGUACAAACGGAAGAGUCGAAUCAGACGAAGACGUUGGAGAUCAAAUCAGACGCGGAUCUUCCUCCGCUCCGAAAUCCGGACAUUCUUAUAGGAGAAAACAAUCUCACAUCUUUGUCCUUUCUUCACGAGCCCGCCGUCCUCUACAAUCUUCAGAUCCGUUUUCAACGGCAUUCCAUCUACACCUACUGCGGCAUCGUCCUGGUAGCCUUCAACCCGUACAACGAAUUACACAUCUACGGCAAUGACACGAUAUGGGCCUACAGGGGCCAGGCGAUGGGCGACCUGGAACCUCAUAUAUUUGCCGUAGCCGAGGAAGCCUAUACGAAAUUGGAGAGGGAGAACCAUGACCAGUCGAUUAUCGUCUCAGGCGAGUCGGGAGCCGGCAAAACGGUGUCCGCAAAGUAUACCAUGCGGUACUUUGCGACCGUCGGCGGAUCGGCGACGGAAACGCAAGUCGAGAAGAAGGUUCUGGCCUCUUCCCCCAUUAUGGAGGCAAUAGGUAAUGCGAAAACCACUAGGAACGACAAUUCCUCGAGAUUCGGCAAGUUUAUCGAAAUUCAUUUCAACAAGAACUACCAUAUUACUGGCGCCAGCAUGAGGACCUACUUGUUGGAAAAGUCGCGGGUUGUGUUUCAGGCGAAUGAGGAACGAAAUUACCACAUAUUUUAUCAGAUGUGUUCGGCGGCGAAACGUCUUCCCAAAUUGUAUCUAUCCGACCAGGAUCAGUUCCACUAUCUCAAUCAGGGUGACAAUCCCACGAUCGACGGCGUGGAUGAUCUCAUGUGCUUUGAUGAUACGAUCAAUGCACUGACGAUGCUCGGCUUCACGUCCAAGCAGCAGGAAGAUAUGCUGCGCAUUCUAGCAGCCAUAUUACACUUAGGUAACGUAGAGAUAAGUUGCAAGAUUAAGGAUGCGAAGGAUGGUGAAGUGGACACCGAGUCCAGCUACAUCUCCCCAUCGAACCGACAUUUGCUGAUUAUUUCCGAACUACUCGGUAUCGACGUGAAGGCGAUGCGUAAGUGGCUGUGCCAUCGAAAGAUCGUGUCAAUGCGAGAAGUCUUCCUGAAGCCUAUGAACGUGGAGCAGGCAAUCGGUGCGCGAGACGCCCUGGCCAAGCAUAUCUACGCCGAGCUCUUCAACUGGAUUGUGAUCGGCAUCAACAAUUCCUUACAGUCUCUCAGCAAAGCACAGCACUUUAUCGGUGUGCUGGACAUCUACGGCUUCGAGACGUUCGAGGUGAAUUCGUUCGAGCAGUUCUGCAUUAAUUAUGCAAACGAGAAGCUCCAGCAGCAAUUCAAUCAGCACGUCUUCAAGCUGGAGCAGGAGGAGUAUUUGAAGGAGGACAUUGAAUGGACCUUCAUCGACUUCUACGACAACCAGCCAUGCAUCGAUCUGAUUGAGACCAAACUCGGUAUUCUGGAUUUGCUGGACGAGGAGUGUCGUAUGCCAAAGGGCUCGGAUGCCUCCUGGGCAGAGAAACUGUAUGCGAAAUGCGGCAAGUUGAAGCAUUUUGAGAAGCCGAGGUUUGGCACUUCAGCUUUCCUGAUUCAUCAUUUCGCCGAUCUCGUACAGUAUGAGACAGUGGGCUUCCUGGAGAAGAACCGUGACACCGUGAUCGAGGAACAGAUAGACGUGCUAAGAGGCAGCGAGAACAAGCUACUAAAGAAACUAUUCAGCGACGAGGACCCGAAACUGGCUGUGCCACAUAUUAGGGUGAAAGUAUCCACGCAGAAGAUUACACCGACAAACGUGUCCAACAAGCAAAACAAGAAGACUGUCGGCUCGCAGUUCCGCGAUUCGCUCAACAUGUUGAUGACCACGCUGAACGCCACAACGCCGCAUUACGUCCGCUGCAUCAAGCCCAAUGACUCGAAAGAGGCCUUCGAAUACAAUCCGAUACGAGCGGUACAGCAGCUGCGCGCUUGCGGUGUGCUGGAGACCAUCAGAAUUUCGGCCGCGGGCUUCCCGAGUCAGCGAACAUACGGUGAUUUCUUCCAAAGGUAUCGAUGUCUCUGUAGAUUCAAGGAUAUACGGCGGGACGAUUUGAAGGAGACUUGCCGACGUAUACUGGCCAGGUAUAUCAAAGACGAGGACAAGUUCAAGUUCGGCAAGACCAAGGUGCUCUUCAGAGCUGGUCAAGUAGCGUAUUUGGAGAAACUACGAGCGGAGCGACAGCGGGAUGCCUGCGUGAUGAUACAAAAAACCGUACGCGGUUUAAUUUAUCAUAACAGGUACAAAAAGAUCCGUCGGUCUAUCCUCGGUCUUCAGAGAUACGGCAGGGGUUAUAUUGCGCGGCAGAAGGCGGAGGCUGUUAGGAGAGAGAGGGCCGCGAUAAAGAUACAGGCGCAUGUGAAGAGCUGGCUGCAGAGACGAUGGUAUCUGCAGGUGAAACGCACAAUCCUCGGUCUGCAGACGUACGGCAGGGGCAACAUGGCUCGCGUCAGAUACAGGAUAAUGAUGGACAAUGCUGCCGCGACGGUGAUCCAAAGAUUCGCCCGGGGAUAUCUCGUAAGAAUGGCGUGUAAGAAGAAACUUAGAGAUAUAAUUACCGUGCAAUCGUGCAUUAGAAAACGUCAGGCAAAGAAGAUCUUCAGGCGAUUGAAAACAGAGGCCAAAAGCGUAGAGCACGUCAAGACCCUCAACAAAGGACUGGAAAUGAAGAUCAUCACGUUGCAACAAAGGAUAGACGAAUUUGCAAAAGAAAAUCAUUUCUUGAAGAAUAUGCAAAAUGAAAUGGUAGACUUGAAGCAUAAAUUGGACAACUUGAAAUCCGUCGACAUUGAGAAUAAAAAGUUGAUGAAAGUAGUGCAGGAAAAACAGAAGGAAUUGAAAAAUAUACAGGAAAUUCUGAAACAGGAGAGAGACGAAAAAAUGGACAUAUUGCACGAUAAAGAGAGGAUUUCUCUACAAAAGAACGAGGAAAUUAAAAAGUUGCAGCAGGAGAACGAGAUAUUACGAAAGGAGCUUUCAAUUGCGACCGAGAAGUUGAAUAGCAACCAACGAGGUGCCGAGGAGAAUCUAAAAUAUCGUCUCGAGCAAGAGAAAGAUCUGCUUCAGCUGGAACAGGAUCAGGAUCGCACAGCUUAUCAGAGACUGCUCAAGGAAUACCACGAGCUGGAACAACAUGCGGAAAUGUUAGAACAAAAACUAGCGUUACCUGGACAUUCGCGUUCUUUGAGCAAUGCUUCCAGCGGCAGUGGUCAGAUCGCGUCCACAGAAAAUCCACAAGAUGAUCAAAACAUUGAUUUUGGUUACGGUUCUGUGAGAUCCACGGCUUCCUCGUCGACGCCUUACUCGCGAGUGGAAACGAUUGACUGGAAUCAACAACGGUCAGAUAGUCCACCGGACGGAGAAAUUCAGCCAAAUAAAUCGCCUUCAGAAAAAUACGGGCCUGCGCACGCACCCGUGGACAUCGGUCUCGUUCUGAAGCUGCAACAGAAAUUAAAAGAUGUCGAGAAAGAGAAGGGCAGAUUGAUCAGAAUGGUCGAAGAUCUGGAACGCGAUAAUAACGAGGAGUCCUCCAGAACGCAGGAUUCGUUCAGACUCCAAGAACUGGAAAUGGAGAAUUCACAACUUAAAAAAGACUUGAACUCAUUGAGGAAGACAGUGUCAUUGGCCAACCCAUCAUCAGCGCAACAAAAUCUCAUGAUACAAUUCGAGGCUCUGCAAGAAGAACUGGAAAGAAGAAGAGAGGAGUGUAUCCAGCUGCAUAGCGUGUUGGCUGACCACACACGCAGAAUGAAGAACUUAGGUGCCAACUAUGGUCGUGACGUAGACAUCAUAAAUGAGGACGGCGAGCUGGUACUUGCCUUCGAGGCGCAGAAAAAGAUUAACAGUAAACUUAAGACAAAGGCACCGAGAGGAGAGCAACUGGAAGAUGAGCUGCAAGCAAAAGAAAGGAGUUGGCGAUCGCAAAGAGAUGAAUGGCGAGACGAAAUAGACAGGCUGCAAGAAGAAAUAGAGAAGCAGCAAAAAUUACUUUCCAUUAAUUUGAGCAAGUCGCCGCAGACCCAAACGGAACUUUACAUGCAGCAUGAGGUUGCUAGACUAACGUCUGAAAAUCUAGAUCUUCAAGAGAAAUAUGAUAAAAUAGCAGAAGAAUGCAGACGCUAUAAGAAACAAUGUAAAAUCCUGGCAAAGCGACUGAAGGAUGCAGGCUACGAAGGAGAGGAACGUCCUUAUGUGCUAAGAAACGCCGUGCCUAACGCGGUAGAAUACGCAAACGGCUCCGCCAUUGUUUCCAGUACUCACGCAGAUGGAAAUAACAUGCCUGUCAUUCGCAAAAAAGAAAGAGAUUAUGAAGGAAUGUUUGAAUUCAGGAAAGAAGAUAUCAACUUGAUUAUACGUCACCUAGUCAUUGAACUGAAACCCCGUAUAGCAGUGACACUGCUACCGGGUUUACCGGCCUAUAUUCUCUUCAUGUGCAUCAGGCACACCGACUGCAUCAACGACGACGAAAAGGUGCGAUCGUUGUUGACCGAAUACUUGAAUGCCGUUAAACGCGUGCUGAAGAAGCGCGACGAUUUCGAUUCCAGAGUGCUCUGGCUGAGCAAUACCCUGCGACUGUUGCACAACAUGAAGCAAUACUCCGGCGACAAGCCAUUCCAGAUCGAAAAUACACCUAGGCAAAAUGAGCAGUGCUUGAGAAACUUCGAUCUGAGCGAGUAUCGUGUCGUAUUGAGCAACGUGGCACUCUGGAUUUUCAACAAUAUUGUCACGAAUCUCAAGGAGAGAAUCCAGGCGCUCACGGUACCAGCCUUGCUGGAGCACGAGGCCAUAGCCGUGCCGACCGAUAAGACCGGUCGGCCCAGGUCGUCGUCGAUGGGCGGCGAACCAGAUUCCACGCAGCAGAAACUGGAUAAGCUUCUCAACGAGCUAACAUCGGUGCACAAGACUUUGCAGUAUCACGGCGUCGAUCCCGAGGUUGUGGUGCAGCUGUUCAAGCAAUUGUUUUACUUUAUGUGCGCCAGCGCUCUGAACAAUUUGCUGCUAAGGAACGAGCUCUGUCGGUGGACGAAGGGUAUGCAAAUAAGGUAUAAUAUGAGCCAUUUAGAACAAUGGGGUAGAGAUCGACGACUAGAGACUGCAUCCGAAGCGCUGCAACCCAUCAUACAGGCAUCGCAGCUUCUGCAGGCGCGUAAGACGGACGAGGAUGUUAAUUCCGUCUGCGAGAUGUGUAACAAGCUGACGGCUAAUCAAAUAGUGAAAAUCCUGAACCUGUACACACCAGCCGACGAUUACGAGAGUCGAGUUCCUGUUUCGUUCAUUAAGAAAGUACAAGAUAAACUGAAAGAACGCGGCGAGAACAACGAACAGCUGUUAAUGGAUCUAAUGUAUUCCUAUCCUGUAAGAUUUCCGUUCAAUCCGUCGGACAUUCGGUUGGAAGACAUCGAGGUACCCGAGGUGCUUCAUUUGCCGAUGCUCAAAAAGAUAUAAUGCAACAAGGCAAGCAUAAUCGUGGUCAAGAUUUCGCCGUUCUAUACCAGUUUUUAGUUGAAAAUGUUAUUCUCGCGGAUAAUCGAAACUCGCUUAACCCAAUCCUUGUUCGUACGAGUUAGCGAUACCAAUAAAAUCCGACUAAAUUAGAUGUAGACUCAUCGAAAGCGCGCGAUUCAUCGAUAUAUAUCACGUUUUAUAUGUGUUUCCUUUUUUACUCGAGUAAUUUGUAAAUUUUACGAUAUGUCGUCGUUUCAAAUCGUGCUCGCGUUUAAAGUCAAUUCCGUUAUGUAGAUAGAUGUGAUCGGGUCUAGGUGAGAAAAAACGAUAAUCAAAGAAGAUCGAAUAUUUUUCGUUAUUGUUGCUGUACAGCGUUAUACAUCAAAGUGUAAAAGAGAGGUGCGAGUAUAAAAAAUUCCUACAAAGAUUUUUUUUCGGUUAUUUCAUCAGAAAUCUCAUCAGAGUAUUGAUGUGAACUUUGAAGAAAUAAUAAUUUUAUCAUUUAUAUUAUAUAUUUAUAAUACGAAUGAUAAAAUGUAAUAUAUUUAAUAUUAUAUUAUAUUAAUAAAUAUAAUAUAAUAAAAUAUAUUAUAAUAAUAUAAUAUUAUAAUGAUGUAUUACAUUUUCUUUCAUUUGUUCGGAUCUUUUAAAGUAAACUUUCUAAUUUGUUUAGAUUUAUUAUAGUUACUUUUUUAAUUAUGAAAGAAAAUAUAUAUAGAUUGAAUUAUUUGAUUGAUUAUUACAGAAAUGCUUCUUCUCGAACCUAUCGCUAUUUUUUGUGAUACAUAAAGAAAAAAAUUGAUUUCAUUUGAACAAAAUAGAAAAUUGUGAAGUUUCCAAAAAUAUGAGUAAAAUCUAGGUAUUGCACGUUCUUUGGAUACGGAACAAUAUAUUUCCAUGAGAGAAAAUAAUAAUUUAACAAAUAAAUAUAUGAGAACGAUGAUAACAAUUACAAAUACAAACUUUUAUAUAAAAUUUCGGUUUAUAUAUAUCUAAACUUUAUUGCUUUAUAUCGCGAAUCCUUGUAAGAAUUUUGUAUAUAUCAUAAAGUUGAAAACAUUGUUGUUGAAGAUGUAAUUAAUGUAAAAAGGAAACGUAUGCGAAAAAUAGAAAGGAAAGAUAUAAUGUUACGUUGGAAUAGAUUGUAUAUUUUGAUACGAGAGAAAAAGAGAAAGAACUAUUAUAAAAAA